AAUGCAUUGUGUAUUAUAUAUACUCCGUAGCAUCUUACGGAUGCAUAAUAAAUGUAUGAAACAUUUCUCCUUCUCCAUGAGUUCAUAUGCUUUCCAUAACAGUUCAUAUUUUUAUCAUUAGUCUUCAAUUUUAUCAACCACUUCCAUGUUAUCCAAUUAUCCAAACAAACGUUAAUUUUCUUUCCUAGGCGAGGUCUCAAUUUUCUGCCCAAAAUUUUCUAGGGUUUUGUAAUCACACACUUUCCCUCCAUCUUUUCAUCGCCCGUCCUCUGCCUCUCGCUCUAUCUUGCAGGUCAAAUGCCUGCGCUGAGCUGGAGACACCACACCCUCAUCCAAUCUCUGCUGUCUCGUGGCCCUCUCCCGGAAGCGGAUUUCAAAUCCAUCUUCUAUACCGUCACUGAAAAGUCUCCAGGUACGCAUAAUCAGCUGUUUAAUGAUUUUCUAAGGAAGGUAAAUGCAGAACUGGCAUAUGUCCAAUUUGAACUGAGGGCUUGUAGGAAUCAGUAUGAUGGAAGUGUAUAUUAUGGAGUCGUCAAUAAUGUUUCUGACGAGCAGUCAAAGCUCGGGACUAAAUAUUCUACUCCUCAAAUUGCUUUCUAUAAGGCCAUGGUUGAAGCUAUUGUCCAGGAUGGGGCUGAAGGCUGCAUAUCAAAAAUUCAGGCUAUAAAUAUACGCUUGGAAAACCAGGUACUUAAUGAUUCAAGCUCACAGUCACAGGCGGAAGCAACACAGAUUCCAGCAGUAGUCAGGAAUUUUUCAAUGUCUCAAAAGGAAAAGACCAUUGAAGAGCUUGUGAGGGAUAACUGGCUAUGCUUAACCUCUGAUGGUAAAGUUGGACUAGGGGUGCGUUCCUUUCUUGAUCUCAGGAGUUGGUUUCGCAGCAAUGAGGUUCCUUCUUGUGAAGUUUGCAAUGAGGCUGCUGUGAAGGUGGAAUCAUGUCCUAACGUAAACUGCAAUGUCCGAAUGCAUAACUACUGUCUUACAAUGAAAUUCUCUCAAAGAACGGUUGAAAAAGUUUGUCCGCGUUGUCAUGCAGACUGGCCUUUUACUAUUGCUAAAGUAGAAGUAAAAGAGGAAGAUCCAGUUUCUCGCUCCACAAGAAAGAAGGCAAAAACUAGCCAAGAAGUUGGUAUUCACAAUCUAGGACCUAGUUCUUCUCAGGAUACUAGGAUCCCUAAAACAAGGGUAACUCGGCAUUCUACCCGCUUGAAGAGCGACAGCUGAUAUGUGAGUAGAGAAAUGCAAUGUCAGCCCACACUAUCACUUAAAAGUUUUGUGUUUUGUUUAUAAAAUCCAGCUAUAUGUGCCUUUCUCCUUUCCAUGUCCUUGGUAGAACUCGUUGUGGGCUUUCUCACCCAGCACCUUUUGACUUGACCUGUGGAGCUGUUAAAACAUCUAAACUUUGAAUUUCAUUAACAUCUGAUCCUGGAACCUUAUGACCUGAGUCAUUGUAAAUGGAAUGCCAGUAAUUAUGUUCUCUUGUACAAAAAACAGGCUGGAGUGUAAGUGGAAUGUUUUUUUUAUUAAUGUGUUGUCCUUCACGCGAUCAUGUUCCUUUUUUGCUUACUCUUCUGACCAAAUACAAUGUUUAAAAAUUUAGUUUUAUCAUUCCAUUGAUAAUUAGUUAAAAGAUAAUUUUAGUUUUAAGAA